AUGUCUGGAAGGAGAGUCAACUUCCGCGAAUCGCCGCCGUCGAGCGCCGUGUCGUCUCGCUAUACGAGUGACUCGGGCCACGGCUCGACGACCGACACACCCAGCAGCCACCAAUGGACCGACCUUCCCUCCCUCCAGAACUACUGCCGCACUCUGCUUGCGGAGAGAGAAGGCUGGAAGAAGCAGGUCAACGAACUGGAAGACAAGCUCGCAGAGGCCGAGGCCAAGUGGCGUGCCGUAGUUGAAGCCAAUGACAAACUCGAAGGCGAGAAGAAGACACUGUCCAAGGAGAACGAGGAGAACAAGAAGUACAUUGACAAGCUCGAAGACACCAUCCAUGACCUCAACAUGCAGCUCGCGGACUCCAACGCACGCCUCAACGAGAUGCAGCACAAUCCUGCCUAUGCAACACCCGGCACCAGCCCUCACCACCUCUCGGACCACUUGGGGCAUGCGGACGCCAAGUCCGUGUCUUCGAGCUCGAGACACGCCAAGGAGGGAAAGACAUCGUCGUCGUCCAGCAAGAGCAGCAGCAAUGCCGGCAGUGGCACCAGCUCCGGUGGCAGCAGCCACAACAGCUCGCGCGCCAAGGUUGGCAGCAGCAGCAGCACGAGCACGGCCAAGGUGUCACGCUCCAGCAGCAGCCGCCACAACGGCAGCGACCACCAGUCCGCCAAGGACCAAAAGGCCCGCCUCUCACAGCGCUUCGAUCCCAAAGACGACGGCCUCGUCGGCAGCAACGCGUCCGCCUCCUCGGCCGCCUCUUCCUCGUCUCAGAAACAUCACAAGAGCGGGAGCAGCGGCAAUGGCAGCAGCGGUAGCAACGGAAGUAGCACCAGUGCCGAGAGCGGCGGCAUGCGGCCGCCGUUGCGAACACGCCGUGGCAGCUAUGUCGAAGGAUACGGCCCUGGGCCAAGUUCUCUGGCAGCAGCCGGCUUAUCGACAUCCCAGCGCUCGCCCAUCUCGCCCAACAAGGGCGUGCCCCGCUCAGCACAGGCACCCAGCGUCAUGACCGUUGCUGGGGGUCCUCCACACGGUGGCUACUACACCCACACUGGCUAUGCAGCGCCGCCCCCAGUACAUCCGUAUGCUGGACCGCCAACAUCGUCCUCUGGGCUCAUGUCGCCGCGUGGUGAAAUGGACAAGGACGGCAUGCGGCCAACUGUCCAUCUUUUGAACGAGAUGACCCUCGACCCGGCCCAGGACCCGAACUACUACAACGCGUAUCCUUCCGCCCGCGAUCCGCGCUACGAUCCCCGCCUUUCGCGCCGGUGA